AUGCCCUUAUUUGAAACUGUCUUGGAUUUCUUUUAUGCUUGUGGGCGACAACGUCUCCCACUAAGAUCUACCUUGGAUCUCUCAGCUGACCCCUCUUCUCCAGAGUUGCGACGUCGAGGUCAGCUGAAUCUGUGGGUUCAGGUUGCAGCCAUCCGUCUGAGUUCCGCCUCCUGUCAACAACUUCUAGUUCCCUCAUCUCCCGAAUCACCUUCGCCUUCAACAGACAAAAAGCGCCUGUCACCAUCGUUAAAAUCUUCCAAGCAGCACAAUACAAAACUGGACGAAACUUGUAAUGCUGUAAAAAAUCUACUGGAAACAUCCAACGGUGCCUACUUUUGGAUAGAUCUCAAGAGUUCCUUUUACUCACUCCCUCCGCCAACUUCCGAAGUUACAACAACAUCGCCUCCCAAGAUCUCAGCCAAAGAAUUUCUCCCUGAGGUGGUGAAACCAAAUGCAAAGGCCAGCGCCUUGCAACGGAUCCUCUCCUGCUUUUGCUGUGGAUUCAGUCGACGUCCAAAUGUGUCCUCUGAGAAGAGUAUAGUUAGUCCUCGUGGUUCAGAGGAUUUUAACUCCACACCCGCAGUACAGAAUCAAGAAUCUCUUAUUUCCCCUGACGUUACAUCUCAGCCAACUCCUUCUGAAGACUUGGAAGCAAUCAGAGCUCGUGAACAAGCUCUUAGAUUGGCGAAGCUGGCAAUCCUUGAUGCGAAGUCUAAUGAGUUCUACGUAGCCCUUGCUAAUCCUUUAAGUGAUGCUCUGGUAAAGUUCCUUGAACAAACUCUUGGAGUACUUGUCCUUGGGGCGAGAGUGGAUUCCCACUGUCCUGACAACUGCUUACCCGAGUCUCUACUUCAAGCAUCCUCACCUGCAGCUGCUGUAUCGAUUGUUGCAACUACGACCGAAGUUCUUGGACGGCUCAACGAUGCCGUGACUUUGACACCACAAUUAAAUACUCCUGAUCUUCCACCGGCUAGUAGCCUCUCUUCCGCUUUGGAAGGAAUCUUCCAACACGAGAGUGGGUUUCUAGAGAAGAUUGAUGUAAAAGACAUUCGUUUGAGCGUAGCUCUUCAAGCUGAUGAGGUAAAGUUAGCAGCGAGUGAACUGGAGGAAUGA